UGCAGGGAUGAACAUCAUUCAGUCACACCAAGGCUGUCAACUUUGUAACAGUGAUACAUUAGUCACCUGACGUGCCAGAGGGAGUGUGUCCAGGCACUGCUCGUUCUGAUCCAAGCGUAGGUUUGUUUUAAAAGUGAUUUACUCUUUCUCAAUUUUUGUUUUUAUUCCAGGUGAAUCCGUGUGUUUGUGUGUGUAUAUAUCUGAACCUCAGAGAGAUAAUGUUUGUUAUUGGAUUGGCUGAUAUUAAAAUCUCUUACGAUCAUCUCAGCUGUUAGGGCUGUCUGCGAAACAAUUGGAGCAUGACAAGGAAAGAGUGACAGACCCAGCAGGACGGUGACACAAGUACGGAAUCUUCACGAUGGCAGAUUUCAUAGCUGGAGCGCUUGGCGGUGCCUGUGGGGUUAUGGUGGGAUAUCCCCUUGACACAGUAAAGGUACGAAUUCAGACUCAGAAGAAUUAUAAUGGCAUCUGGCAUUGUAUACACUCAACGUAUAAAAUGGAAAGUGUAUCUGGAUUUUUCAAAGGGAUGUCAAUGCCGAUCUCAACAGUGUCAGUCAGCUCAUCCAUUGUAUUUGGUGUUUAUAGAAACUUUCUAUACCAAUUAUGCAAAUUGAAAUAUGGAACGGCGGAUAUAAAGCCAUCGAAAUUGGAUAUUUUUGUCUCUGGUUACACUGCUGGAGCAGCUCAGGCUUUAGUAUCAUCGCCUGCUGACAUGGCCAAAGUACGUCUACAAACGCAAACGUUUCCACGCCAUUCCAGCACGUGUUCUUUAGUGGCAGGGCCCAAGUAUACUGGCCCAAUCCAUUGCAUCAUAACCAUUGUGCGAGAGAAGGGAUUUUUUGGGCUUUACAAAGGUUGUUCCGCUUUAAUGUUCCGAGACUGUCACUCAUUCGCCACGUAUUUCCUGUCAUAUGCCGUGUUUCGAGAGUGGUUUGUUCCAGUUGAGCAAGGUAGCUCAGAAUUGUGGGGUGUUCUGCUUUCCGGAGGAAGUGCUGGGGUGGUGGCCUGGGGCAUUGCUACGCCUAUGGAUGUGAUCAAAUCUCGGCUACAAGUUGAUGGGGUGUCCCAACAGAAGUACAGAGGUGUUGUCCACUGCAUCACAGAGAGUGUCAGGCAGGAAGGAAUCACCGUCCUCUUUAAAGGACUCUCACUGAACUGUCUUAGAGCCUUUCCAGUAAAUAUGGUGGUAUUUCUUACUUAUGAAGUCUUAGUGAAGAAAAUCAAACUCAUUACUUCCUAAACAGGAGCCAAAUGACAAGCCGUGUACACGGUAAGUGUCAGAAGAUCCUGGGCACUUUAGCACUCAAAUUUCGAAUGGUCAGUUAUUGCACUGUUGCUUAUUAAUAUAUCUAUAUAUUGUAAAUAUUUCAGCGCAGUGUUUCUCGAGAAUAAGGAAUCAAGACCUGUGAUACAAUCUUUAAACAAAUAUACGCACUUAUACCGUAUAAAUGAGGGACAAUGAAAUAAAUGCUCUUUUAAAACAAAAAACAGUAUUAUAAAAUCCACCAGUAGAAUGAUCUGACAAUACAAAUAAAAUAACAUCCCAAUGCCUAUUACAUAC